AUGGCGGAGGAGCUCUCAGCUUUGGCGAAGAGCCUGGAGACAUCCAAUGACCCCACUGUUAUCAGAAAUACCAAAGCAGCCGUUGUCAUGAAAGCAAAGAACCUUAUUGGUCAGGUCCAAGAUCCCAUGGACGUCGUCAUGGACCACAUCACGAAAGUCUUUGUGGCCUCUGCCGCUCGUGCACUCAUGGAGAUCGAAAGACGUCCUUACCUACACCGAAACCCCUCACUCUCGGAACGACAACAAACCAGGCUCGACCUUCUGGAAGUGCUGAACUCGGAGCCAAGACGAGUUCAAGCCUUCGCGCGAGGUUUGUCUCUAUUCGACGCCAUCUAUCCCGUUGUCGGCAUCUACCCCUUCGAAGAUCACCACCAAGCCGGCAAUUCACCAGAUCGAACGCUCGCAGUCGGCAUUGGGGGAGACCGUGGUUUAGCCAUGCUCGGUCCGAGAAAGGGCUGCCCAACUCUACAGGGCAAAAUGGUCCUCCAGGACUGGAAGGAAGUCCUUGACGCCAUCACUGCCGAAGACCUACCAGGAGUUGAGAGAAUGGAACACGACUUCUUCUCGCCACAGCCAGUCAAAAAGGCGCCCAAAUCUACUACAUCCGCUGCGUCUUCCACGAUUGGCUAG